CUGAACUCUAUUUUCUCUGUCGUCCUCUUGGGAUUUGUGACCGAAUCUGAGCCACCAUGUCCAAAGAAGCCCGUCCGUCCUGGGACAGUCCGAUGCAGUUUGUUCUGGCAUGUGUGUCUUAUGCAGUGGGACUUGGGAAUGUCUGGCGUUUUCCAUACCUCUGCCAAAUGCAUGGUGGAGGUGGAUUUAUGAUCCCGUAUCUGGUGAUGUUGAUUCUGGAGGGAAUUCCUCUGUUCUGUAUGGAGCUCGCCAUCGGGCAGAAGAUGCGUCUGGGCAGUAUCGGGGCGUGGACCGCCAUCAGCCCCUAUCUGGGUGGAUUAGGCAUUGCCAGUGUUGUGACUUCAAUGUAUUUGUGUCUUUACUACAAUGUGAUAAACGCCUGGAGUUUCUGGUACCUCUUCCAUUCAUUUCAGUCUGUGUUGCCCUGGGCGGAGUGUCCCGUCAACAGCAAUCGGAGCGGAUAUCUGGAGGAAUGUGAGGUGGCUUCACCGACACAGUAUUUCUUCUACCGCGAGACCCUGAACAUCUCGUCUUCUAUAGAUGAGAACGGCAGCGUUCAUAUGGGUCAGGCACUUUGCCUCGUGCUCGCCUGGAUCAUCGUGUACCUGUCCAUCAUCAGAGGGGUCAAGUCAACAGGAGUGGUCGUGUAUUUUACUGCAACGUUUCCAUACGUUGUUCUGAUCAUUUAUCUGAUUCGUGGAGUCACUCUUCACGGGGCUUGGAAUGGAGUCAAGUACAUGUUUACACCCAAGCUGGAGCAGUUGGCGAACCCUCAGACGUGGAUCAACGCUGCCACACAGAUUUUCUUCUCUCUGGGUUUGGGUUUCGGCACGUUGAUCGCUUUUGCCAGUUACAACCAUUACAACAAUAACUUUGAGCGACAGGCCGUCACCGUGGCCCUCAUCAACAGUGGCACAUCAGUGUUCGCCAGCAUCGUGACCUUCGCCAUCUACGGCUUUAAAGCCACAUUCAACUAUGAAAGCUGUUUGGAAAGGAUGAGACUGUUGCUGCUCAACACAUUUGAUUUAUCCGAGGAUGUCAUCAGUGUUGAUAAUGUCACGGCUUGGAUCUCUCAUCUGAAUUACACAAACCCCGAGACGUUCGCAGCGAUCGCUUCAAAGAUAGAAGACUGCAGCCUGGAGGCAGAAUUAGACACGGCUGUUGAGGGCACCGGACUGGCGUUUAUCGUGUACAGUGAGGCGAUUAAGAACAUGCCUCUGUCUCAGUUGUGGUCUGUGCUGUACUUCAUCAUGUUACUGCUGUUAGGGAUGGGGAGCAUGCUGGGGAACAUCACGGCCAUCAUCACACCACUGGGCGACCUCAAGUUUCUGUCACGAAAGUUCAGCAACGAGACCAUUAACGGUCUGGUGUGUCUGCUGUGUUUGCUCCUGGGGUUCGGCUUCACCACCGGCUCAGGAAACUACUGGUUCACCAUCUUUAAUGAAUACGGAGCCACGUUUUCUCUGCUCUUCAUAGCGUUCUUUGAAGUUGUCAGUGUGUGCUACAUCUACGGACUGAAAAGGUUUGAGAAAGACAUUGAGGACAUGUUGGGCCAUCGACCAAACUGGUACUGGAAAAUCAUGUGGGCCGGAGUCAGUCCAGUCCUCCUCAUCAGUCUCUUCAUCUUCUACAUCAUUAACUACAUCCAGGGGGGAACACCGACUUACCAGGCCUGGGACAAACAUCUGGGUAAAUCUGUGGUGAUGGAGUACCCUGCGUACGGUCAGGCAUUCAUAGCUCUGCUGCUGCUGUCGUCUGUAAGCUGCGUCCCGCUGAUGGCGCUUUAUGCGUUCUGUAAGAAGAAACGGCGAGGAACAGCGAUCCGAGAAAACAUCGUCAGCACGGUGUCAUCCGCCAUUUGAGGAAAGACGCAAAAGACUGUUGAAAAAUAGACAGCUUCUCUCAACCUUGUAUGCAAGGCCGUAGAUUUGUCUUGAACACUGGGGGGGUUGUACUUGUUUGUUUUGAUUAUUGAGAGGGUACUUCCCCCCCCCCCCCCAUCCCCCCUGGAUUCUACACCCCUACUUGUAUGGGACAACACUGGCCACUGAUCACAAUAUUAUUUUUUAAGCAUUUAUCAGUCCCCGUUAUAUUUGUCACGUGGAUGAUAGAACGGGGAAAAAAGUCCAUAGACUUACAUUGGAGGCAGGGCCAGAACAUCUUAGCAACCACAUGGCAAUGCCCUGGCAACCACCCACAACAGGCUGGCAUCAUAGCGGUGAGAUUUGCCCAGGCAAACAUCCCACAUAUUUCCUUCAGAAACCCUGUCUAUUAUGGAUACUUAAAACUAUUUUGUAAAUAACUUUGUGUAUUUUAGUGCUAAAUUAAAUAUGUAAAAUCACAAUGUUUUGCAUGUAGAAGUUUAAAAUGAACAGUGAAUGUUGUGUUGUGACAGGAAGUGAUCGAUUAUAAGCCAGAAUCAUGAAAUGCAGGGAAAACAUUCAGUAUGUGUACAUUUAUAUACAUAUAUGGAAAAUAUAGUAUACAUACAUUAAAUUGCUCAAGGCUACAAUUCCUCUGCCCUUGAUUUUUGAUAUUUGUUCUUGUAUGCUUAGAUGGACUUGUAGUGAUAAUAUUGUGGAUAAUAAUUAGUAUAUUCUGUUAAUUCUGAAUAAAUACCUGUCGUUUACUCUAUGUGCCUAGAACUAAUCUUAUUUGUAAUACUGAUGUCCCCUUAUUGGGGGCAACUGUAGUCUUAUUUUGUUUGGUCUUGGCUAGCAUCAUGUUUAAAAGUUGUUUAACAAUAAUUGUCAAUUUCAAGUGUAUUUAAGCAGGUCAGAGGUGGUACCGGUAAAUUAAGCUAAGAGUGUACUGCCCCUUUAAGAGCCAAACAAAUCAGAAUGUUAAUGUUACAUUGUACAGUUACAUUGUUACAUCUGUUGUCCGACCAGAGAAAAUCUUCUUAAUUGCUCGGUUGCUUCACAACACCUUGUUUGUUCACUAAAACUAAUCUGGCGCGGCAUUUUGAGCCUGUUAUCUCCAUUUAAUUCGAGCUCUGUGGCACAUUCAAAGCAAACGUGUUCCAAAACUCCCCCAGGUUUAAAGGAGUCAUGUAGUACUCACCCUGUUGCUCCACACAUGUAAAACAGAACAUUAGGAAACUCAAGGACCCACGGACACCUGCACCAUAAUAAUGACUUUAAUAUCAAUAAUACACGUUUUUUACAUUCUCUGCCAAGCAGGUGUCAGACACAUGAAGAAUGGUCUGCAGUAUGACACAGAGGGAUAGAAUGAAGACUUCCUCACAAAAACCUCCCUCUCAUUUGCUCACACCAAACUUAAGGCAUCAUCCGAUUCCGACCUUCUCAGGGAGUCCUUGAAGAAGCAAUAAAAGCACUCGGAAAGGAAAGAGAGAGUAAUGGGUAAUAGAAAAAACAAACAUUUGGCACAUCGGUUCAGUGACAGGCCAUUUUCAUACAUGCACGAGUAGCACCCCGGUAACUACAAACACCCGCUCGCCUUUAGACGGUGAGACGCUGGUCCCAUAACAAGUUAGAGUUCAUUUCUGAUUUUACAUUUAAGAUUCUGUACACAGAAAGCACAAACAAAUCCUUUAAAUCAUUCAUAAUAAAAGCUCCCAAAUCACUGAUGGAAGACCGUGAUAUUGAAGGCAUUGAUGUGUCCAUUUAGCCAUUCACGAACCGUUCCAUCUUUGGUUCUGUCUCAAGUGUCACAAAUAAAUGCAAUGACAAACAGCUGCCAAAAAAAACAUGUACUUUUCUUAUUUUUGUCUUCUUGUUCUAGUAAAAAUAUUGAAAACAUCCUCAUCUGAAAUGAGCAGCGAUCGAUAAAAGGCAUCUCUUUCAUAUUAACCUGUCCUAACCGGCCGCUAUCGUACAGACCCCCUUACAGGAAAUGGAGGGAAUUUGUUUCCCCAAAAUAGUUUUGCGUUUCCUCGCAAUAGUUUUGCAUUUCCCAAAAUAGUUUUGCGUUUCCCAAAAUAGUUUUGCGUUUCCUCGCAAUAGUUUUGCGUUUCCCACAAUAGUUUUGCGUUUCCCGCAAUAGUUUUGCGUUUCCCAAAAUAGUUUUGCGUUUCCUCGCAAUAGUUUUGCGUUUCCCAAAAUAGUUUUGCGUUUCCUCGCAAUAGUUUUGCGUUUCCUCGCAAUAGUUUUGCGUUUCCCAAAAUAGUUUUGCGUUUCCCCGCAAUAGUUUUGCGUUUCCCAAAAUAGUUUUGCGUUUCCUCGCAAUAGUUUUGCGUUUCCCAAAAUAGUUUUGCGUUUCGCCGCAAUAGUUUUUGCGUUUCCCGCAAUAGUUUUGC